AUGGGGCAAAAAGGCAGCGAGAAAAACGACUCCGAGACGAACGAAAGAGAGAGGGAAACAAAAAAGACGAACGAAGAGGACUUUGAUGACAGUAUAUUCGACGUCGCGAUUCUUGGCGCCGGGAUGUCCGGCGUAUCCUGCGCGAGGGAGAUUUGUUUUGCAUUACAUGAUGAUGAUGAGAAAAAUGCACGAAAAGUAGCACUCUUGGAAGCGCAUUCAACCGUCGGCGGAAGGUGCAAACAGACGAAAAAAAUCGCGAAAUGGCCGGUGGAGUUAGGGGCGGAGUUUAUACACGGUGAAGUGAAGAAUCCAGUGAAGGAUUUACUCGCAGAAACGAUGAGGAGAGAGGAGGAUUUGGAGGAGGAUUUAGAUGGGAAAAAAGGAACGCCGAAACGAAUGCAAUGCAGCGCGUUCGAGUGGCCGGAUCGAUACGCGAUGAAUACUACUACUACUAAUAAUAGGAACACGGAGGAGAAGGAUGCAUUAUUAUAUUCUUUCUCAAAAAAAUCGAUGUUGGUGCUGCGCGACGGCGACGAGUGCGAGAAGAACGAUAAAGACGUGUGGAAAAUCCACCAACUGUUCGAUCGACUCCCGGGCGUAUCGAAGACGAGUACUACUACGACUACCACGCAUAAUGACGAGCCAGAGGAGGACGAAAUGUCCUCGCUCUCCGCGUUAGAGUGGCUCAGGGACGUGCAAAAAUGUACAGAACGAGAGAUACGCGUGGCGGAGUUGAUUUACGCGACUGAUUUCGGAGCGAGUUUGAAAGAUAUCGGGAUGAGAGAGAUUAUGAUUGAAAAAGAAAGGUGGGAAAACGGAGAGCAAUAUUUAGUCAUGAACGGAGGGUUUAACGAGUUGUUUCGACGCGCGUUUUUGAACGCGUUUCAAAGGAAUAGUAAUAGUAAUAGUAAUAGUAAUAGUAAUAAUAGCCCCGUCGUCAACAUCGACGUGCGGCUGAACUGGGAGGUGGAAACGGUCGAAAAAGUAGACGAACGGAAUUUGAUCAAAGUCACCGGAAGAACGACGACGACUGAAACGUCUGAAAAAAAGACGUUGUACGCCAAGAAAGUGGUGGUUUCGUUACCGUUGCCGAUGUACAGACCAACAGACGACGACGAUUCAGACGACAAAAAGCUCUCGAGAGUGACGUUUCACCCGCCUUUGAGCGAGGAGAAACGAAAAGCUUUACGCGCCGUGAAAAUGGGCAACGCGGUGAAAGUUUUGUUGGGAUUUAACGAGAAAUUUUGGCCGCAAGAGAAUUUGUUCAACGUCAUAUGCGACCACCCGGCGCCGUUUCCGGAGUUUUGGGUCGUGAGCGAUAAAGAGAAGACGAUUUAUUCUGAUGAAGACGAUAAUACUACUAAUAAUAAUAAUACUACUAACGAAGAAGAAGAAAGUAAAAAAGAAGAAGUUCGGUUCGUCAUCACGUUCUUCGUCACCGGCGACCGGGCGAACGCGAUGGCGAAAAUCGACCCAAACGAACGAAUAGAGAUGGCGUUUCAACAAUUCGUCUGGAUUACGAUGCGCAUCACAAACGACGACGACGAUGGAAGAAAAGAAUUCGAUCGAAUACGCGAAAAGCACUUGAAAACGUCCGAGACGAAAGCGUGGUCCGAGGAUAAAUUCGCCGGCGGUUCGUACACGCACCCGAGCGUCGGAUGCGAUCGAAAAACUCGAGACCUUUUGGCAAAAUCGGAAUGGUCCGACUGCUUAUUCUUUUGCGGUGAAGGCACGAACGCGUCCGUGAAUCCGUGCUUACAAGGCGCGUUCGAAACUGGCGUCAGAGCGGCGAAAGAAGUGCUCGAGUCGUUGAAGUUACAGUAG